AAGAAACCAAGUGCUUACUAGCACCAGUUGGCAAAGUGAGAAAAAUAAAUGGGUCUUGCAUAAUUCAAAGACCAUGAAUUAAUUAUUUGUGUGGCUUCUUUUUAAUUUUGAUACUCCCUACACAAAAAAAAAAAAAAAACAACAAACAAACAAAGCCAAAAAAACCACCAAAACAAAACAAAAAAUUUGCCUCUUCAGAAUUUUACAUUCUGUGUUCCUGAAGGACAUGUGCAAUUUUCUCAUCUGGUGGUGUGUGACUUAGUUGUCCACACAUGAUUUGUUGUAUGUGUUUCUAAUGUUUAAUUUCCUUUUCAGGUCUGCUAAAUCUGCUCUGAAGCCAAAGGUAGACAACCAGUGCAAGGGAAGUGUUGCUGCUUUACAUGGACAUCUGCUCUUGCGGCAUGGCCCAGAUAUCCAGCAGCAAUGGAUUCAAGCAGCGCUCCUCACCUUCUCUGUCAGCCCCGAGGUCAAAAGAUGUGGACAAAGAGGAGGCACUGCAGAUGGAAGCUGAGGCAUUAGCCAAGAUGCAGAAGGAAAGAGGUGUAGCUGGUAAUAAACAAACCUUUCGUUCUUUAAGCAGCCCCAGACAAAAAGCACAGACCCAUAACAAACAGGACCAUGACCUCAUGGUGUUUCCAGAGUCUGAUGCCAAAAGCAUGGAAGAUAAACUAAGUACCAUUGACAUAGAGAAGCUCACUCAUGCUGAACUAGAGAAACUGCUGCUGGAUGACAAUUUUGAAUCUAGUAAAGUACCUACAUUACCAUCAAGUCCUAUUUUGAGCCCAUCUUUGUCUUCACAAUUUUAUCUUGGGCCCGCGGGUCAGAGGAGACAGUGGACACCUGGAAUAGCAGCACCUGUGACAUGCACUUUACCUCCUAUUUACACCUCAGCUUCUUACACAAAACAGACUGGAGUAUUUCAGAAUGGAUUCCAUCCAAGUAUGUCAUCCUAUCCCUCUAGAGAGCCUAUUUAUCUUGGUCUUCCAAGACAGUCACAAUACAUUUCAUACCCGCUGGCAGCUACCACACCUUUCCAUCCACAUGGAGGCCUACCUUUAUACCCUCCAGUACUCACUCCAGAAAUGGCAAAAGUGUUUGACAAAAUUGCAAGCACUUCGGAAUUCCUGAGAAAUGGGAAAUCGAGCACAGACCUAGAAAUGACUUCGAUAAAGUCUGCAGUGUCCAACCUGCCGGCCUCGGAGAGCUGCGGGGAUGUCAGUAAAUUUGACUGGCUGGAUUUGGAUCCUCUGAGUAAACCAAAAGUGGAUACUGUGGAGACUUUAAAUAAGGCAGAGGAUGAUGGGGAGAGGGCUUCAAGUAUGACUGCUGAAGACCCGUGGGAUGCUGUUCUUUUAGAAGAAAAGCUGUUACUGACUUGCCAUCUGGAAAGAAAGGUUAAUGGGAAGUCUUCUGGAGCAACAGUCACAAGGAGUCAGUCUUUAAACAUGAGAACAACUCAGCUUGCAAAGUUACAGGGCCAAACAUCACAGAAAGACAAUGGGACCACUGGCACGCUGACAGAAAACGUGCUUCUCCAAGCAGUUGAAGGGCAGAAUCAAGAGCUGUCAGCUUUUUCUGAAGCAGUUAUGAAAUUGAGGACCAAGUUUCCUUAUACUGACCAGCAAACAAACCCAGGUUUUGUGCUGAGUCCAAUCAUGCUGCAAAGAAAUAUGAGUGGGGAGAGUGCCAGUAUCAAGGUUUCAAUAGAAAUUGAAGAAUUCCAACAACCAGUAACUUUCACAUGCGAUGUGAGUUCCCCUGUUGAGCUUAUAAUAAUGCAGGCACUUUGCUGGGUGCAUGAUGACUUGAAUGAAGUGGACAUUGGCAGCUAUAUCCUGAAAGUAUGUGGCCAAGAAGAAGUUUUACAGAACAAGCACUGCAUAGGAAGUCACGAGUACAUCCAGAACUGCCGGAAAUGGGACAUGGACAUCAAACUGCAGCUCCUGACCCACAGCGGGGUGUGCAGCGACCUGGCACGAACAGAAGAUGAUGACAGGACACCUGUACAUCUAACCAAACACCUGUACAAAGUAGAAAAGCCUUUCAGAGAACCUAUCAUAAGGUCUUCCAUUGAAGAGCUUCUUGAGGUGUAUCACAAGCAAGUUAACAUAGCUCUUAAGAAUGAGAACCAGCAUAAAGCAGUAGAUCAUGUAAUUAAGACUGUCAGAAAAAUCUGUUCUACACUGGAUUGUGUAGAGACCCCUGCAAUAACGGAAUCGGUGAAGAAGCUCAGGAGGGCUGUUAAUCUCCCAAGGACUAAAAAUGCUGAGGUGGCUAAUUUAGGAAGAAAUGCAUUCAAAAUAAAUUAUCAUUUAGGUUCACUGCAGCCUGAAAACCCUCUGAAAGUGAGUAUAGACCAGUUAACAAGAGCAGUUGAGGCCCUUCUGCAACUCCACACAAAUUCCUGUAGCAAUUCAGCAGCAAUUUCUCCAGACGAGAGUAAGAGUACCAAGGAAGCUUGGACUGCCACAGAACAUCUCCAAUUCACAAUAUUUGCUGCUCAUGGAAUUUCUUCUGGUUGGGUGUCAAAUUAUGAGAAAUACUACUUGAUUUGUUCUUUGACCCAUAAUGGAAAAGAUCUCUUCAAACCUGUUCAGUCCAAGAAGGUUGGCACAUACAAGAGCUUCUUCUACUUGAUUAAAUGGGAUGAACUAAUAAUUUUCCCCAUCCAGAUUUCACAGUUGCCUUUGGAAUCAGUCUUGUGUCUGACUUUGUUUGGAAUCCUAAGUCAAAGUAGUGGGAGUUCCCCUGACUCAAAUAAGCAGAGAAAGGGCCCAGAAAAUUUGGGUCAGGUUUCUCUACCUCUUUUUGAUUUUAGGCGGUUGUUAACUUGUGGGACAAAGCUGUUGCAUCUGUGGACCUCAUCACAUCCACAUCAUGUCUCAGGGAUGGCCAGUAAGAAAGGAAAUAUGGAAAGAGUAGUAUUGCAGAUUGACUUCCCAUCCCAUGCUUUUGAUAUUGAAUAUAAAAUGCCUCAAGCUGCAAAGACUGCUGUGCAUCAUUCUGUAGAAACAUUAGAAAAACCAUUGAGAGAACGUCUCCUUGCCAUUCUCUCCAAGGAUGGCACCAUUAGGCUGUCAAAAGAAGAUAAAGAAUUUUUGUGGGAGAAGAGACAUUAUUGUCGUAGCCAUCCUAAUAGCCUACCAAAAAUACUGGUUAGUGCUCCUCACUGGGACUGGGCAAAUCUUCCAGAAAUAUAUUCAUUACUUCAGCGAUGGCCUCCUUUAUCACCCUUAGCUGCACUGGAGCUACUUGAUUCAAAGUUUGCUGAUCAGGAAGUACGAAAUACAGCUGUGAACUGGAUAGAAACAUUGAGUGAUGAUGAGUUAACAGAUUUCCUCCCUCAGUUUGUACAGGCAUUGAAGUAUGAAACCUACCUUGACAGUGCUCUUGUGAAAUUCCUUUUGGCUCGAGCACUGGGAAGCAUUCGGAUUGCGCACUACCUGUACUGGCUUCUUAAGGAUACACUAUAUGAUACAAAGUUUGGUGUAAGGUAUGAGCAAAUUCUUGGAGCUUUUCUUUCAGUCUGUGGAAAAAGGCUGAGGGAAGAGCUGGAGAAGCAGACCAGGCUAGUGCAGCUCUUGGGAAUGGUAGCAGAAAGAGUAAAGCAAACAAGUGGAUCUGCUCGGCAGGUUGCCUUGCAAAAUGGCAUGGAGCGUGUGCAGUUAUUUUUCUUGAAGAACAAAUGUCGUUUGCCUCUCAAUCCCAGCCUUGUGGCAAAAGAGUUAAAUAUAAAGGCCUGUUCUUUCUUCAGCUCCAAUGCAGUACCACUCAAAGUUGCACUGAUAAAUGCAGACCCGCUGGGAGAAGAAAUUAAUGUGAUGUUUAAGGUUGGAGAAGAUCUGAGACAAGAUAUGUUGGCUUUACAAAUGAUUAAGAUCAUGGAUAAGAUCUGGCUACAGGAGGGACUGGAUCUAAGGAUGGUUAUCUUCAAGUGUCUCUCAACUGGAAAAGACCGAGGCAUGGUAGAGCUUGUUCCUGCUUCAGAUACACUUCGGAAAAUUCAAGUGGAAUAUGGAGUGACAGGUUCUUUUAAGGACAAGCCUCUGGCUGAAUGGUUACGGAAGUAUAAUCCUACAGAGGAGGAGUAUGAAAAGGCUUCAGAAAACUUCAUCUACUCCUGUGCAGGGUGCUGUGUAGCCACUUAUGUCCUGGGAAUCUGUGACCGCCACAAUGAUAACAUAAUGCUGCGGAACAGCGGGCACAUGUUUCACAUCGACUUUGGAAAGUUUCUGGGACAUGCACAAAUGUUUGGUAGCUUUAAAAGGGAUCGAGCUCCUUUUGUGCUGACAUCAGAUAUGGCUUAUGUCAUUAAUGGUGGGGAAAAGCCUACAAUUCGCUUUCAGCUCUUCGUGGAUCUCUGUUGCCAAGCUUACAACUUGAUAAGGAAACAUGCCAGCCUCUUCCUUAACCUACUGUCAUUGAUGCUUUCUUCUGGGUUACCAGAACUAAGUGGGGUUCAGGACUUGAAGUAUGUCCAGGAUGCUCUCCAGCCCCAAACAACAGAUGCAGAAGCCACCAUUUUCUUUACAAGACUCAUCGAAUCCAGUCUGGGAAGCGUUGCCACAAAGUUUAAUUUCUUCAUUCACAACUUGGCUCAGCUGCGUUUCUCAGGUCUGCCUUCUAAUGAUGAGCCCAUCCUGUCAUUCUCUGCUAAAACCUAUUCUCUCAAGCAAGAUGGCCGAAUCAAGCAAGUGUCUGUGUUCACGUAUCAGAAGAGAUACAAUCCAGAUAAACAUUACAUCUAUGUAGUGAGAGUUUUGAGAGAAGGACAAGUUGAGCCAACAUUUGUCUUCCGAACAUUUGAUGAGUUCCAGGAGCUCCACAACAAACUUGGCAUUCUCUUUCCUCUUUGGAAGUUACCAGGCUUUCCUAAUAAGAUGGUUCUGGGAAGAACACAUAUCAAAGAUGUAGCAGCCAAAAGAAAAGUGGAGCUCAACAGCUACAUACAGAGCCUGAUGAACAGUUCUCCAGAGGUGGCAGAAUGUGAUCUUGUUUAUACUUUUUUCCAUCCACUACUUCGUGAUGACAAAGUGGAAGGAAUAGAUGGAAUAGCCAGACCUGCAGAUACAAGUCCAUCAAGUCCUACCUCAGGCAAAGUGGGAGGAGAAGUGAAGCUAUCCAUAUCCUAUAGAAAUAGCACUCUGUUUGUCAUGGUGAUGCAUAUCAAAGACCUGGUUACAGAAGAUGGUGCAGAUCCAAAUCCCUAUGUGAAAACCUAUUUACUUCCAGACACACACAAAACAUCCAAACGCAAAACCAAAAUCUCCCGGAAGACAAGAAAUCCGACUUUCAAUGAAAUGCUUGUGUACAGCGGAUACAGCAUGGAAACUCUGAAACAGAGGGAGCUUCAGUUAAGUGUGCUCAGUGCAGAAUCGUUACGUGAGAACUUCUUCCUAGGUGGAAUUACACUCCCACUGAAGGACUUCAACUUGAGCAAGGAGACUGUUAACUGGUAUCGACUGACUGCUGUACCCUCUCUGUGA